AACUCAUUCCUCGACGAUCACAAACAGUCAUUAUUUGUCAAUACGACGGUUCGGGACCUCCUGUUUGGCUAUAAGCUGGACAUUCUGGACACGGCUGAGGGUUUUGCCAACACAUUGUCCACAUUUGGUAUCGACAACUUUAUGCCCCGCGAGUUCUUCCCCAACAACUCGUUCGGUAUACUCAACGGUCGCAACGGCACACUCGACGGCCCUUUCGAAGUCUACACCGGACUGUCCGGCACUGAGGACUUGUUCGGCUAUUUCAAGACAUGGAAGAAUCAAAAACGUCUCGAUUGGUGGAAAGCGGACAGUUGUAACUCAAUCAACGGCUCCGACGGCACUAUUUGGCCGGCAUUUGUUGACAAAAGUAAACGUCUGGAUUUCUAUGUGCCCGAUGUGUGUCGCUCACUUUACGUCACAUUUCAAGAAGAGGCGGUACACAAAGGCAUCAAGACUUAUAUAUACUCAGCGCCGGACGGCGUAAUGGCCGGUUCGGACACGAAUCCCGAUAACGAGUGUUUCUGU